AUGUGGAUGGUUUAUAAGGGGGGCACUCUCUGGUCGAAGUUUGCAAAGCAAAAAUAUUUUCAAAAUGGCGAGCUGGUUCAAAAAUAUUUUACAUCGGCGAUUUGGAAAACUAUAAGUCUUCACGGCCCAUUGAUUGAGAAUAUUUCUCGGUGGAUUAUAGGGAAAGGAAAUAUCAAAUUCUGGAGGGAGAAUUGGCUUGGGGAACGGCUCAACUGUCCAACAUUUUUAAACCACGAGAUAACGGUCCGAGAAGGCUUAGAUCGGCUAGAGGAACUCUUACAGUACAUUCCUCCGAGCCUUCAAAUAGGUGUACAACAUGUGGUUCUUCGCCCGGACAAGGAUGACGAGUUGAUGUGCACUCUUUCUAGUUCUGGGGAGUUUUAUGCGAAAGAUUAUUGGGAACUUCUUGCAGUUACAGGCGGGCGUCACCAGUGGGCAGAGAGGUUGUGGAAGCCAUAUAUCCCUUUUAAUUCGUCGGCCUUCUUAUGGAAAGGAUUCCACCUUGCUCUCCCUGUGGAUGACCGCAUAAUUCAAAAAGGAAUCCCCAUUGCUUCGAAAUGUAACUGUUGCCUAGUGCCUCGUUCGGAAUCCAUACAACAUUUGUUACUUUCCUCAGAUUGUGCCACUAAGGUGUGGAGUCACUUCUCGCAUAUUUUUCACACUCCUUGGAACAAGAACUCUAUUGUGCUCAGCUUGCUUUUAUGGUCUUACCAAACGAAGGACUAUAACUCGUUUGCGGCAAUUAAAUUGUCGACGUGCGUAUUUAUUAUGCAUGGGAUAUGGAAAGCCCGGUGUAGCGCUCGGUUUGACGAAGAAAAUAUAAAUCCUUUAUCGAUUAUUCGGAAAAUUAUGCAUCAAUUGGGAUUGGUGGCGAUGCAGCUCAAACCAAAAAAGAAGAACUCUCCGCUCCAAGAUAACAUUCUUCAAAGUUUGAGGCUGCCGAGUGCUCCUGUGCGCGAACCGGUUCGCCGUUGGUUCCGGUGGGAGAAGCCUCCGUUAGGUCGUUAUAAGUUGAAUGUGGAUGGGUCGUCUAAGGAGGGGUUGUGUGCGGGUGGAGGAAUAAUCCGAGAUGGUCACGGGAGAUUAGUGGCCGCUUUUUCUUCCUUUUAUGGCCAUGGUUCGAAUAAUAAAGGUGAAUUGUCGGCUCUCUUAGAUGGAUUACAGGUCUGUCAAGCCUUGCGGCUGAGUAAUGUAAUUAUCGAGAGUGAUUCUCUGAUUGUAGUCAAUGCUAUACAUGGGAGGUCGUCAAUUAGUUGGGACCUUACAUAUAUGCUUUGCCAAUGUAGUGAAAUGCUUCCGUCGGGUUACUCAAUUACUCAUAUUGUUCGACAAAAGAAUGUUGUGGCGGAUCGGCUAGCGGCUUGGGCAUACAAUCACAUGGGUUAUCAAGAUUUUUUUUCAAACUAG